AUGGGUCUUCAAAACAAAUUGGCGGAUGGCAUCGAUGAGGUGGACAUCAUCAUUGCCGGAGGUUGCAUCAUUGCAUCACGCAUUGCUGAGCACUCUCCAAACCUCAGUGUCUUGGUCAUCGAACAGGGAGCCAAUAAUAAAGAUGUACCACACAUCGUCAACCCUGUUUUCUACCUCCAGAACCUGCAGCCCACAGCAAAGACAGCGCUGUUCUACAAGGGCAAUAAGGCGCCCCAGCUUGCAGACAGAGAGCCGAUCGUACCAUGCGGAGGUACACUUGGUGGAGGUAGUUCCAUCAACUUCAUGAUGUACACAAGAGCUCAACGUAGCGAUUUCGACAGCUGGAAGACCGAGGGCUGGACAGCGGACGAGAUGUGGCCGCAUCUGAAGAAGCUCGAAACCUACCAUGGACCCGGAAAGAAGGAGCACCACGGGUAUGACGGUCCAAUCAAUGUAUCCGACGGUGGAUUCAGAGCCAAGACAGCCGAAGACGACUUCAUGCAGGCAGCUGCAGGAUACGGUGUACCUGAGAUCUCAGAUUUGCAGACUCUUGAUGCGAACAACGGUUUCGAGAGAUGGCUGCGAUACGUCUCGCCCGAGGGCAAGCGCCAGGACACAGCGCAUCAAUAUCUUCACCCCAAGCUUGAGGAUGGCCAACACCCGAAUCUGCACGUUCUAGUCGAGUCCAAGGUGGUACGAGUAUUGUUCGAUGAGACCAAGCGCGCCGUAGGUGUCGAAUACACACCGAAUCCAGAGUUCCAGGCUGUCAUCGGUCUGACUGGACAUCCCGUAAAGAGCGUCAAAGCACGAAAGCUCGUCGUUGUGACCUGCGGUGCUUGUGGAACACCGCCCGUUCUAGAGCGUUCCGGUCUUGGAGAUUCAAAGAUCCUCGCACGCGCAGGUGUUCCUGUUGUAGAGGAACUACGAGGUGUUGGCAAAGACUACCAAGAUCAUCACCUGCUGUUGUACCCAUACCGGACAAGCCUUGAGCCAGACCAGACAAUUGAUCGCAUCCUGAGCGGCCGCGUUGAUGCUACCGAAUUGAUCAAGAACAAUGGUCCAGAGUUCAGGCAGGCCUGGGACAAGGAUUUCAAAGAUAUCCCAAACCGACCACUUAUGCUCUGUGGUGUGAUUCAGUGCUUCCUUGGCGACCCAGCAUCUGUCCCCGCCGGCCAGUACAUCACAACUGGUACAUACACUGCGUACCCAUACUCGCGAGGACAUAUGCACAUCACUGGCUCGAAGUUGGACGACCCUCUCGAUUUCGAUGUCGGUUUCUUCAACGAUGCACAUGACAUCGACCUGAAGAAGCAAAUGUGGGCGUACAAGAAGCAGCGUGAGAUCGUGCGCCGUGCCAAGUACUACCGCGGCGAACUCGCAGCCGGUCAUCCCAAGUUCCCAGAGGGAUCAGCUGCCGCUGUCGUUGAGCUUUCUGAGCCACUUAGUGAAAUCAAGGAUAUUGUGUACAGCAAGGAGGACGAUGCAGCGAUCGAGCAGUGGUUGCGCGAGAACGUCAACACCACUUGGCACUCCAUGGCUACUUGCAAGAUGGCACCAUUCGAGGAAGAUGGCGUGAAAGGCUUGAAGCUCGCGGAUUUGAGUAUUGCACCAGCAAACGUGGGUGCUAACACCAACAACACCGCGUUGGUAAUUGGCGAGAAGGCGGCAGAGAUCAUCAUCGCAGAGCUUGGUGCUAGCACGCCAUGA